GAAACUGAGGAACAAUUCAUUUAACGGCACGUUGAACAUGGGCAGCAGCAUCAGCCAGCAGCUGCAACUUGUUGACUUGGAGAACAACAACAUAUCCUCUGUGACACUCAGCUCUGGAUAUGCAAAUGCAUUAAUAUUGAUCGGAAACCCAGUGUGCACCAGUCCUCCGGCAAAUGCAUCUUACUGUCAGCUUCAACAACAAACGACAACACCUUAG